AUGAAGGCUGCCAACGUGGCUGCCGUCCUCAGGGGCGACGUGGAGGUGUGCAGGAGGGCGCUGUUGCCGCGCAUGCUGUCCGUGUCACAGGACGCGGCUGUGCUGCGCCGCCCCUUCAAGUCGCCGUGCCCCGGCGCCACCACCAACGCCUCCCCCGAGCUGCUCAGGCGCCUCGCUGCAUGCCGCCGCUUCGUGGCGUGGGGGGGGGGCGUGCACCGCCGACCCCUGCUCGUGGCGCCCGCGGGGGACCAGGGGGAGGGGGAGGACACAGAGGAGGGCGAGGCAGGGAAAGGCGAGGAGGAGGGGCAGGCAGUUGCGGCAGGGGAGGCGGGGUACGAGCCACUGGUGCUGUGGGUGCCGGAGGAGGACCCGUUCCACGCGUGUGAGCAGUCACAGCCCAUCGCCGUCGACCCCAUCCUCGCCAAGUGCCUCCGCGCCCACCAGCGGGAGGGAGUGGCGUUCAUGUUUGAGUGUGUGGCGGGGCUCAAGGACUUCCACCAGCAGGGCGAUGACGACCUCGGCUGCUAUGGCUGCAUCCUCGCCGAUGACAUGGGGCUGGGCAAGACGCUGCAGUCGAUAGCGCUGCUGUGGACGCUGCUGCAGCAGGGCUUCCAGGGCCCCAAGGGGCCGCCGCUCGUGCGGCGAGCGCUCAUAGUCACGCCCACGAGCCUCGUCAGCAACUGGGCAGCGGAGCUCGACAAGUGGCUGGGCGGCCGCGUGCGCUGCGUGGCGCUGUGUGAGGCGAGCCGCGCCGACGCCGUCAAAGGCAUCCAGCAGUUCCUGGCUCCGCGCGGCACACACCAUGUGCUGAUAGUGUCGUACGAGACGUUCCGGCUGCACGCCACGGCAUUCCAGCACGAGGGGGCGUGCGACCUGGUGAUCUGCGAUGAGGCGCACCGCCUCAAGAACGACCGCACGCUCACCACGCAGGCGCUGGCAGGACUGCCUUGCAGGCGCCGAGUGCUGCUCUCCGGCACUCCCAUGCAGAACGAUUUGGAGGAGUUCUACGCCAUGGUGUCGUUCACCAACCCGGGCGUGCUCAGCAACGCCGCCCACUUCCGACGCCACUUUCAGGCGCCCAUCCUGGCGGGGAGGGAGCCGCACGCAUCGGAGGAGGAGAGGGCGCUGGGGGCAGAACGCUCUGCGGAGCUCAGCGACCGCGUCAACCAGUUCAUUCUCCGCCGCACCAACGCGCUCCUCUCCAACCACCUGCCUCCCAAGAUAGUGGAGAUAGUGUGUUGUCGCAUGACGGACCUGCAGCGCCAGCUGUACGAGCGAUUCAUUCACUCCAAGAAUGUGCGCACGGCACUGGAGGAUGGGAAGAAGGCGCGGGCGCUGGCGUCCAUCACGGCGCUCAAGAAGCUCUGCAACCACCCCAAGCUGCUGUACGACUCCAUCCGGGCAGGAGGGGCGGAGGCAGCUGGCUUUGAGGACGCUCUCCCGCUCUUCCCACCCGAAAUGUUCAACGGGAGGAGCGGCACAUGGACGGGGGGCGGCGGCACGUGGGUGCAGCUGUCGGGCAAGAUGGUGGUGCUGGCGCGGCUGCUGGCACACCUGCGCACGCGCACCACGGACCGCAUCGUGCUCGUCUCCAACUACACGCAGACGUUGGACCUAUUUGCGCAGCUGUGCCGGGAGCAUGGGUACCCGUUUGUGCGGCUGGAUGGAGGCACCUCGGUGGGCAAGCGGCAGAAGCUAGUGCAGCAGUUCAACGACCCCCACGCCGACGAGUUUGUGUUUCUGCUGAGCAGCAAGGCGGGGGGGUGUGGGCUGAACCUCAUAGGGGGGAAUCGACUCGUGCUCUUCGACCCUGACUGGAACCCCGCCAACGACAAGCAGGCGGCGGCGCGCGUGUGGAGGGACGGGCAGAAGAAGCGUGUGUUUGUGUACCGCUUCCUGGCAGCGGGGACCAUCGAGGAGAAGGUGUUUCAGAGGCAGAUGGCGAAGGAGGGGCUGCAGCAAGUAGUGGAUAGCGAGAAGCAGAGCGAGGGGCGCGCACAGGUGAACCUGCUGUCAGCGGAGGAGCUGAGGGACCUCUUUGUGCUGCGCUCCUCCACCCUGUCCGACACGCAUGACUCGCUGGCCUGCCAGCGCUGCCCCUCGCGCCCCUCGCUGCAUGCAGCCGGCAGGGGAGGCUGCCACGUGGGGGGACAGCAUAAGGGCGGGCAAGGUGUGGGAAGGGAGGGUGCUGGUGGUGGUGGGAAGGGGGCGAAGAUGGAGAGGCGAGGGGGAGGGUCUCUAGAGGAGCUGGCAGCUGCGGCUGCUGGGGAGGGCGAGGGGGCGGGACAAGGAGAGGGAGGAGGAGUAAGAGGAGGGGAGGAGGAGGGGGAUGGGGACGAGGGGUCAAGUGGAGUGGAGAGUGGGGGCAGGGAGAAGGCAGAGGCAGAGGGGAGCGAUGAGGAGGAUGUGCAGGCGGGGCGGGGGAGCAUCAACGGCGGGAAAGGGGAGGGCGAGAGUGACAUUGGGGGCUUUGCGGAGGUGGCAGGGGUGGCGGGGAAACUGAAGGAGUGGGAGAAGCAGGUGAGCGUGCGUGGGAGUGGCGAGGCUCUGAUGCUGCUCACUCGUGCUGCUCACUCGUGCUGCUCACUCGUGCUGCUGACUCGUGUUGCUCACCCGGCAGCUUUGCAUGUGAGGGUGGAGUGCCGUGAUCCACAUGUGGGUAACCCAUUGGAGGAGCAGCUUGACCAGUGGGCGCAUCACAGCCGUCCAUCCGCAACCAUCCCUGACACAGCAUUGCAGAAGGCAGCCUGUCUCGAUGUAACUCAUCUCACCACAUUGAGUCUCAAGAGCUCUUGUUUCCACAUGCGUUUCCCACUUUCCCAUCUGCGACAACCUUUACUUUCUUCCACAUCCCAUGGCUUUUCCCUUUCUGCUGCUGCUGCACCCUCUUUCCCUUCACCAUGCCACGCUCCUCCCUCACACCCUCCUCAACGCUUACCACGUCCGUUCCCACUACCCCCCGGGCAUGCGCGCAUGCGGCACCAUCCCCAGGUGACGUUUGUCUUCUCCUGCCAGAUUCGCGGCAUGCUCGCCCCCAUCGACUCCGCCCCGCCUUCCUCCACCCGCCCCUCUCAGCGCCCCCUCUCUCGCUUGCCCACUCGCCUGCCGCUCCGCCCUGCUGCUGCGGUGGGUGCUGGGAUGGCAGCAGCAGGAAGAUUGGGGGGAGGGGCACUGGGGGGCCGGGGAAGAUUCGGCAUGAGGGGCCGAGGGUGGGCACGCGCCAAUGCUCGCCUCAUUCCCGCGGCGCAGCUGGCCCAUCACGUGUGUCCCGCGGAAGCGACAACCCAUCGCGCGCGCUGCUCGCGGGGACCAGUCGACGCGGGCGCGGGCGUGCUCGGCGCUGACGCCUCCACUGUUCCUGCUCGGGGCUUCAGCGGUCGGUAUUGGCCUUUCAUUGCGCCGUGCGGACCGGCGGAUCUAAAUGGCGCCUUGUGCGCAGAGCGCGAGAGCACGGCGUUGCGCCAAGCCUGCACCCGCGGUCGGCCCCGCACACGGCGGCCACACUCCCACCGCCUCCGCGUGCAGGCGGUGGCGGUGGAGCGGAGAGCGCCAGCCGCGGGGGCGACUGAUAGCGGGCUGCAUUGGCCGCUGGCGGGAGGGAGGAGCGGAGGAUUGGGAUCGGGUGCAGGACGGAGCGGACGACGGGACGGCGGCGUGAGCAGCGGGCGGAGCGGAAAGCGCAGGGAGCGAUUGCCGUUCCUGUCGCCGCCUCGAGACGACGACGCUAGGGCUGGCGACAAUACCGACCUUCGCAAACAGAUCGUUCAGUCAGCGCCGCGUGCGACAGUGGACGAGUUGGCGUCGGCUUCCCAGAUGGCGCGGCUGUCGGCGCUGGUCUACCACCGCGACCCCACGCCGCACGUGAGCGCCUUGGGAUUGACGCUGCGCGCGUGCCAGCAGACGCCCUUCACGGCCUACAUGGUCGUCGACUCGCCGCCGUGCCCGCGCGAGGGCGGGCGCACGCGCUACGUGAUAGCGCGCGGCGUGGCGGUGGACCGCAGCGAGGUGGACGUGGGGCGGCUGUGGCGGCAGCUGCUGCAGGUGCGCCCGGUGCAUCUGGAGCGCGCGCUGACGCCGCCGGGCGUGGAGCUGCUGGUGCAUGGCGGCGUGCACGCCAUCGCGGAGGACGUGUACCGCGGCGUGCUGCCGCUGCUCGCCGCCGACAUGCGCCGCGAGGGCAUCACCCACCUGCGCUUCGGAGGGCACUCGCUGGGCGGGUCGCUGGCGCUGCUGCUGAUGCUCAUGUUCCACCUGCGUGCGCCCAACACGCGCGCAGACGCCUCCCCCCUCCACCUCUCCGCGCACACCUUCGGUUCCUUCCCUGUCCUCGCGUCGCUCUCCUCCUCGCCCUCCCCCUCCGCCCCGCAAAGCCUCUCCCACCAGUUUGCCCAUGCGCCGAGCAACCUCUCCCGCCUCGUCGCCUCUGCACACGCGCACCCCUCCUCCCCCCUGCUGCACCGUGCUGCCGGCCGCCCUCCCACCGCUCACACCACCGCCUCAUGGCCUCACAUGGCUUCGCCCCAUCUGCAUGCCCCUCCCCCCGGCCUCCUCUCCUUCCCUCAUGCACCGCUGCUCCACCCCUCCUCGCCGUUCAGCAGCAGCAGCAGGGGUGCAGCGCGGUGCAGUGUGCUGGCGAGUCUGGGCCUGCCAAGCGAAGCAGCGAGGGCGUUUGUGUUGGACCGAGACAUCAUCCCGCGCGCCUUCCUGCUCGCCCACCCCCUCUGCUCCGCCUUUGCCCGCACUCCCCUGCUGCGCUCGCUGCUGGGCCUGCACCCCUCCAGCAGCACCCCACCACUCUCCACGGGACUGUCCUGGGAUCCGGUGGCCUUCCAAGCAGUGGGCCUCGUGCACUACAUGCAGGCAACAGGGUCGGAGUCGAUGGUGGCGAGUCUGCCGCCAGCGCUGGCGGAGAAGGCGCUGGCGAUGGGCGUGGGGGAGCUGGUGCGCGACCCACUCAUGCUGGCGCGCUCCAUCCGCGACCACUGCUUCAACCACUACGUGCACUUCCUCGACUCCGCGCUGCAUGCUGCUUGCCAUACGACGCUCGACUGA